GCAGGAGGCUGUCUGGAAGUUUUCAUUGGUGGGAAUGACAUGCAGCACAGUAAAGAUUAUGGAGUGCACAGCCAGGCAGCCAGAUGUUGCUCUUAACUAAAUGCAAAUUACACUACAAGAGCCUAAUUAACAAUGGGAAGGUUUGUGGCUGAUCUGUUUCUACUCCUGCUGGUUUCCACAGGGCAUGUUUAUGGAGUGUCAUUCUACGGUGAUGGUUUCAUCCACCUGCGGACGGUGGAGACGUCCAUCCAGACCUUAAUCCACGUACGAUUUCGAACCGUUAAUCCAUCAGGGCUGCUGUUUCUGGCAGCAGGACGCAGAGACUUUGUGCUUCUGGAGCUGAUCUCUGGGCGCCUGCAGGUACGUCUGGACCUGGGCUCAGGAGAGCGUUCGCUACGCUCUGAAAAGGGCAUCCAUCUCAGCGAUCUGGCGUGGCACACUGUGGAGCUGACCCACAGCCGCCAUAAUAUCACCAUGACUGUGGACCGGAACUCUCACACCAGCCUUCGAAUGCCAGGACCAGAUCUGGAGCUCAGGGUGGAGGAUGGACUCGUUGUUGGCGGGACAGCUGGACUGAAACAUCCCUACCUUCUUAACAUCUCCACCAGCUUCAGGGGUUGCAUAGAUGAAGCUGUCUUUAAUGAGCAUAACCUACUGGCCAGCCUCAGGCCGUAUUCUGGGUACAAGAGCGUCCAUGAAGUGUCUCUGGGCUGCAGUCCACAGUUUUCCGUCACAGAAGAAGACACUGUUAGUUUUUUCAGCUCUAAAGCCUUCAUGUCUCUCCCGCCAUGGGAGGUGCUUCAGGAGGGGGUGUUUGAAUGUGAAAUGCACCCGUCAGCCAAAGAAGAAGAUGGCUUGGUCCUGUAUAGCUCUGGCAACCAGGGAGGGUUUGUUGCCAUUGAGAUCAGAGAGGGUCAUCUGGUGGCAUCGGUAGGAAAGGUAGAAGGGAGUAAAACUGAGCUGCAUUCUCUAACAUAUGUCCACAGCAACCUCACUUGGUAUCCCAUCCAGCUUCAUUUGCUGCCUCACAGUGCCCAGCUGAAGGUAGGCAAGGAGCUGGUGAGGGCCAGCCUGAGUCAAGAUCUUCAGGUCAUCCAGCUCAAAGGACCUCUCUUCCUAGGAGGGCUGAAUGAAGAAGCCCGAGCAGAAGCAAGGCGAGCUGGACUCCCUUCCAUUCCACCUGGACAAGGAGGCUCUUUUAAAGGCUGCCUACGAGAAAUUAGGGUGAACACUCAAAAAACAGGCCUACCUCAUGCCACAGUCACCAAAGACAUCACUGUGGGCUGUAAGAUAGGACAAGCUCCACAGAUAGUGACUAUCACCAACCCAACAAAGCCUCCUGAGUUGGACGUUACAACCACACAGCCAGUUACCAGCAACAAGAGGAACCAUAACUUCUUGUUGCUGAGAAAGCUUGAGGUGGCUGAGGGAGGCCGGGCACCACUGGAACCAAAACACAUCAAGGUCAAUUUGGAUUUCCGGAAACUGGGCAUCCAUCCAUCCCAACUGAUGUUCCGCAUUGAGGAGCAGCCUGUCCAUGGCCAGCUCCGAUUGGACCUCAGUCCAGACCCUGGUGGGAUGCUGGGCGAGGUGCAGGAGAGGACAAUUACAAUGGAAACAGAGGAGAAGGACCGGACUUUCAGUAUGCUGGACCUGUGGCAGGGCCGGGUGAUGUACGUUCAUGGUGGUGCAGAGGACCAGAAUGACUUCUUCAUGUUUUCCGUCUUCUCCAACAACAAGAAGGAGCUUCCUAUGUUCCUGAAGGGCAACCGGCUGCACCGGUUUGACAUCAGCAUCAGUCCUGUUAAUGAUGCACCUGUCCUCAGCCUGCCAGCGGGAAACCUUUUUACGCUGCUUGAGAAGUCCAAACGACAGUUGACAACAGAUGUGCUGAGAGUGUCAGAUCCUGAUAGCAGUCCUGAGGAGCUGGUUUUCAGCUCCCUGGGAAACCUCAACACUGAGGCUGGAUACCUGGAGCAUCAGGAUUACCCCGGCAGGGCCAUCAACUUGUUCUCGCUAAGUGAUCUGGAGGAGGGUAAGAUCCGUUUCGUCCACACAGGGGUCUCCACCUCCAGGUUGGCGCUCAGGGUCAGCGACGGCCUGAAGGUGAGCAACACAGUAGUUCUGAGGAUCAUGACCGUGGCACUUGAACACAAACUGGUGAAUAAUACUGGAGUGGAGGUGAACCAAGGCGAGGCUUCCGUCAUCAGCACCAAUCAUCUCGCAGUACAAGCUAAUGUGGCCGACCAUACAGCAGAAAUCUGGUAUGAAGUUACAGAGUUGCCACAGUAUGGUGAGCUCCAGAGGUUGCAUUCUAGUGGAGAGUGGAAACUGACGACCUCCUUCUCCCAGAAACUGCUUGAAAAAGAACGGAUCCGAUACCUCAGCACCUACUACGGCCUUCAGACUCAGAGCAACGUCACUGAUUACUUCAAAUGUAAAAUCAACGUCGGUUCUGUGGCCAAAGAGGAGGUUGUUGUUCCCAUAGUAGUACGCUGGAUUCACUUCAAGGUCACACGAAGCAAAAUGGAGAUCAACGGCCUUCAGACUGCUGUCGUCACUCCUGAGGACCUCAAUGUGAUUUCUAAAGGUGUCAAACUCAACGAGAGCCACCUCUACUUCAGACUCAUCACGUUACCAAAGAAAGGACAGAUGUUCCUCAACAACAUAGUUCUACAAAGGAACUCAACCUUUAGCCAGAAGAACAUCACAGAUGGUUUGGUGAGGUAUACGCUUCUCAACAGGCUGCAGGACGACACAAGAGACACGUUCAGCUUUCGGGUGUUUUCAGCGCAUGCCAGCUCAACAAUUUACGACUUCAGGAUCAAUAUUAAAGCCGAGUCGACCGCCAUCACAGUGGUAAAUAACGGCCUUUCAAUUGUGGAAGGAGGGAGUAAAGUAAUCACCAAAGAUAUUCUGUUCGCUCACACAGCGAGCAACCGGGAGGUUCACUACAACAUCACAGUGAGCCCCAAGCAUGGGCAGAUAAGGAGGAUCAACUUCUCCAACUCAACUUCGAUUAACGACAACAUUGCGACAUUCACUAAUCGGGACAUUACUGAGGAGAGAAUCAUGUACGUCCACGAUGACAGCGAGACCAAGCAGGAUUCCUUCACAUUUCAAACUGUGAUUUACAAACCGCACAAACACACAAACAAGAAGGACGAAAGAAGCACGGCAGAGCACACCUUUAACAUCUCAGUCCAGCUCGUCAAUGAUCAGAGACCUGUCAGGGUCGUGGAUAAAGUUUUCCACGUGGCCCGCGAUGGCCAGAGGCUGGUGACGCUGAAUGACCUUCGUUUCCGGGAUGACGACUCGGACUUUGAGGACAGCUGGUUGGUGUAUACGAGGAGGGGGAUUCCAAUGGGAGACCUGGUGCUGGCCAAUGAUUCCAGUCACAAGCUGUACGAGUUCACACAGCGCGACAUCGAACAGAAAAGAGUAUUGUUCGUCCACAGCGGAGUGAGUUUUGGCCGUUUUGUGCUUUUCGUAUCAGAUGGCAAACAUUAUGUUUCAACGCUGCUGGAGGUGAUGGCCCAGGAUCCUUACCUGCAGGUUGAGAACAGCACAGGCCUCAUGGUCCAGAGAGGAGGGAUCACAACCAUGACCUCCGCUAACCUCAGCGUCUUCAGCAACCUCGACAUCCGAGACCCACAGGAAGUGACAUUCGAGGUCUUCCUUCCACCUAAACACGGUGUGCUCUGCUUUAACGACGGGCAGAGCGAGACUGUAACAGAAGCAGAUGCAAUUUCCAUAUUCACGCAGCGAGACUUGGUGGCAGGACGUCUGGCGUAUCACCACGACGGCAGCCACGAACUGUUGGACGGAUUCAAUGUGACGGCAAGAGCGAGAGAGAGGAGCACAGAAAGGCGAAUGGAAAGAGCGAGAAGAGAGGUACAUCUGGACAUCGGAGUGGUGGUAAAAAUAUACCUGGAGAGUCAUCAGAGGCCACCAACAGUCCUAAACAAUCAUCCAGUGGUGGUGGCGGAAGGACAGAAUGUGUCUGUAAGCAGGGAACAUUUAGAGGUGGUCCAUGAGGACAGGCAGCCCUCAGAGAUAGUUUUUACCGUCCAAAGUCCUCCUACACUGGGCAUCAUUGACAGAUUAUUCACUGACAACCGACAUCAAAACAUCAACGGAGAACAGCAGCAUGUCUCUAAGGAUAUCAGAGGGAAACCAACAACCUCCUUCACCCAAGAAGAUCUCAAUGAGGGACUGAUCAUCUACCAUCAGCAGGCUGGAGGAAGCACCAACGACUCUGUUCUGUUGGAGGCAACCAAUGGAGUGACAAAGGUUGGACCUAUCAGACUGGAGAUUGACAUCAUCCCAAUCCUGCUUCCUCUGCAGGUGUCUGACUUGACCCUCGAUGAGGGGUCAUCGCUGCCGCUAACCCCAGACAUCAUCAAAGUCGCCAAUCAUCACUUUUCAGCCAUGAACUUCUUGUACCAGGUCAUCGUUCCACCGCGAUUUGGACACUUAGAGCACAGCCGGAUCCCAGGGAUGCCCAUUACUGCUUUUACGCAUACUGAGGUUGAGCGUGAGUACAUCUCCUAUAUCCAUGACGGCAGCGACACGCUAAGAGACAACUUCACCAUUGUGGCCAAUCAGACGGAAAUCAGGAAGCACAGUCUGCCCUGCACAGUUCAGAUCCACAUCACACCCGUCAACGAUGAGACUCCUGUGGUUACAACCAACCACGGCCUGAAGAUGUGGGUGGGUUCAGUGACAGAAAUAACCACACAUGACCUUAGUGCUGAGGACACCGAUACUCCACCUGAGGGACUGGAGUUCGUAGUCACACCGCCCAGCAAUGGCCACCUGGCCCUGAAGAGCGCCCCCUCCAGACACAUCCUGAACUUCACCCAACAUCACAUACAAAGCAGACAGCUGUUGUUUGUGCACAGUGGUGCCCUCUCAGGUGGCUUUCACUUCCAGGUGAACGACGGUGUGAACUUUGCUCCUCGCCAAAUCUUCAGCACGACUGCCCAAUCUCUGGUCCUCACCCUGCAGAGAAACCACCCCAUGGAAGUCUACCCAGGUUCUGUGACACCAAUCUCAGAGCAGGAGCUUCAGGUGGUGACCAACAACGCCAGUGACUUUACAAGAAACCAGUCUCUGGUGUUUGCCGUGACGGCUCCUCCUAAACUGGGCCGCCUGGUCCGACGUAUGCCCGACAACUCUACAAGAAUCGUCUUCACGUUCACACAGAGCAUGGUGAACGACGGCGUUAUCCUGUACGAUCAGAGCAAACCAGAGACAGUUGGAUGGUCGGCUACAGACUCUUUUUCUUUCACCGUGUCUUCUCCUCCUGCUUUUCUUCCUCCACACACCUUCACCAUCUUAAUCUCCUACCAAGCCAAUGAGCAUCAUGACAGCCUUCAGCACAAGACCAGACUGCUGAACAAUGCAGGUGUUGUGGUGGCCGAGGGAGGCAGGGUGACGAUCGACAGGUCGAAGCUCGACGCCUCUAAUCUUCUGGGGAAAAUCCCGGAGACCCAACGGAAAGACCACCACGUAAUGUAUCGCGUGGUUUCUCAGCCUCGCCAUGGAGUUCUGUCUAUACAAGGACACAAUCUCACCAGGAGCCAACCAGAUUUCUCUCAGGUCACCCUCAACAAGUUCGGCAUCACCUACAUCCAUGAUGACUCAGAGACGACCAGGGACAGCUUCACUUUCCGGGCCUGGGUGGCUCCUUUGGAUCUGUCCUCCUCUUCAUCAUCCUUGUCUGCUUUCCCCUCAGACUCCUCCUCCUCCGUCACCUCUUUUUCUCAUCUCUAUUCAGCCUCGUCGCCCUCCUUUUCGUCAUUAGACACGGUUUCUCAUCGGCACGUCAAAGACAGCAUGGCAGUGACUGAGAUGUUCAACAUCACAGUGACGCCGGUCAACGACCAGCCGCCUCUGAUCAGGAGCAGAUCCCCGAGUAUGAAGGUUGUAGUUGGAGAGAGAGUCGUACUUGGACCAGACAACCUUCAGGUUGAGGACCAUGACACCCCACCAGAGGAGCUGCACUAUCUGGUGAUCAGUAAGCCCAACAACGGCUACCUGACUCUGGGGGAAAGACCAGAGCCGGUGACCUCCUUCACCCAGUAUGACGUCAACCACGGCCGGUUGCAUUUUAUACAACAGGGUGAGCCCUCGACGGGAGUUUUCUACUUCAACGUAACCGAUGGUCACCACCGUCCACUCUAUAAACUGUUCAGUCUAGAAGUGAUCAAGCCGUCCGUAUUCAUGGUAAACAACACUGGUUUGUCGCUGCGACAAGGUCGGACCGCUGUGGUCCUGACAACCAACCAGCUGGCGGCUCAAACCAACGGCCAGGUUCAGGCCAACAUCUUCUACACAGUCACCAGACACCCUCGCCACGGACGCAUCGCUAUCAACGACCACGAGGUCACCACCUUCCUCCACGAGGACCUGCAAUUCGGGCGCGUCGUCUAUCACAUGACCGAUCUCAGCGAAUCGGAGGACAGCUUCCAAAUCUCGGUGUCGGCCUCAUCUCUUGGUGUCGACUAUGGAAAUGUGACAGCGCAGACAGUGAAGGUGACCGUGAGGCCUCUGAUCUACCUGAGAGAGACGAUCAGAGUUCCAAGUGGCAUCGCUGUGAAGCUGGGGAAAGCCAUGAUCGAUGCGUCUGAACUGGCAAGAAUCAGCCGAGCUGACCCUGUGUUCGAGGUUCUGUCUCCACCAAAACAUGGAAAACUAGUCAAGAUGACCUACGACCCUAACCGAGCAUCGGAGGUCCUGAAGUCAUUUACGUUCAGAGAUGUGGUCCAAGGCCGAGUCGCCAUCGAGGAGACUCUCAGCGACAACCAACUCCAAAACAAUGAAUCCACAACAGCCCGAGGCCACGCUCCUGCCACGCCUCUCAAUGAUUCUUUCAUGUUCCUGCUGAAGGCUGGAACCGUUCAGCCAGCCAAGGGCGAGCUUCACUUCACCAUCCUGCCCCACCACCAGAUGCGUCACGGCCAAGGUGGUUUCAAUAAAGGAGACGGCGGAAGUCGAGAUCACGCAACAACACAUCAGCCUGCACGCAACAGGACCGCAACUACUGCUGCUGGAGGAGGAAGAGGAGGGGGACGAGGCGGAUCCACAACGCAUAGUGGGGUCGGGGUGAGCUUGCACCCCCACAUCUUGUCACAUAAGAACCACAACAGGACACAACACAAGCCGAGGCCUCACAGCCGCUGGGGGAACCACAGUCGCAGUGGGAGUCAUGGAGGAAGAUCAGGCAAUGGAGCAGAAGGAGCAGCAGGAGGCAGCCACAGCCAUCCCCCACAGCCACACACUCCUGUCCCAGAGAAACACCAUCCAGUAAACCCUCCGGACACUCAGCUGGUUCACGUCGAGGUCCUCCCUCGCCCUGCCUCCGACCCCCUCCUCAUCAUCCUGCCGCUGCUGGCCUGCUUGCUCCUCAUUGUGAUCCUUGUAGUUCUGAUUCUGGUGUUCCGCCACCGCAAGGAGAAACAAGCCCGGCUGCGGUUCAUGCAGGAGCUCGCUGCUGUGCCGCUGCCCCCUGAGGAGAGCCCUUACCUGGGCCGGUCGGAGCGGAGCGUGGCCAUGCCCUCGGUGGUGGUCACCCCACUCGGCUCUGCAAGCUGUCCUACCUCCCCCAGGAUACCCAUGAGUCCCAGGAGGAGUCUGGCCCCUGGAAUGACCUUCUGGGGACCGUUUGAAGCAAACGUAGCAGGCGGCGAUGGGAACAUCAGCGGCUGUAACAGUAGUGAAAGAGAUAAUGUGACUUCUAAUACUGCACUUCCGGCUAUUUCUGCAGGAUUCAAGACUUCUGUGAGAUCUCGGUCACCGACUUUAAAAGACAACCAGUACUGGGUCUGAGGGAAGUACGUAUGAGGAAACUGUGCCUUAGAGGUGUACUUUAUGAGGUUAGAGAUGAUAUCUGUCUGCUUUCCAGGGAAUAUAAGGCACAUCUGACAUGUACUUCUUGAGAAGAGGACAAAACUAUGUAAAACACACGACAUGAUGCUGUAACUGAACACAUCUUGUGCUAAAAACGUUCCUUCCUACCAGCUGCUGUGUCUAAGAGACAUGAAAUACUUUUCGAAGUAAACCGAGUCAAUUAUUGCUGUUUAGGAAGCCAUUUUUCUUUAUGUUUUCAAUGUGUUCAAGGUUAUUUUUGUUCCGUGAGACUGCAUGAAUGACUGAAACCACCAUUGGUCGUCUGACUAAUUCCUGAAUACGCUGCUCUUCAUCACCUCUAGUCGCAAUAAUUAGCAGCAUAUUUUUGGAACUGUCUCUGAAAAGGGAAGUGAAGCAUAGACGGAGUUGUGUCGUAUUCUUGGUAAAACACAUUUUCAGAAGUGGAAUCUUAAAUUAGCACAGACAUGAGUUAGCAAUAUAACUGGUCAUGCUACUUCUCCUCCACAGCUGUACAGAUGUGACGUGUGACUUCUUCGAAACCUUGUCUGUCAGCAGUUAGAGCAUAGUCUUUAUAUGGCUGCAAAAAGUACUGCAAGCUUCCAAGUCCAUUCAAGCAAACGUCCGCCCUUCUUGCACAGCCAGGUGUUACUCUCUGUUCUCUUUUCUUCUGUGUCUGUUUGAGUUUCGUGACCAUUUGAGGCGGUGAGCUGUCGUCUAACUGCUUCUGAUAGCUACAUUCUUCUCACUUUUGACCCUUUAUAUGCCUGCAUCUGUUUGCCAUGCACUGUGAUUUUUAAAAAAAUAAAAUCUGUUUCUUGAAGA